AUGGUAUUUCAAUUUUUAGAUGUAUUAAAUAUCAUUUAUAUGAUUAGGAAAUAUUCUUUUACUUAUUAAACCAUAAAUUAGAAAUUUAAGAAGUAAAAUGUUUAUUUUUCUAUUAAAAAAUAAUUAUGAAUGAUUAAAUUUUAAAUAUUUCUUGAUUUAUGAUUUGAUUAAAUUAAAUAAAAUGUAAAUAAAUAGUCUAAGUUUGCUAAUAUUUAUUCUUCGAGCUUUAUUUGAGUAUUGCAUUAAGUUAUUAAAGAUAAGUUUAUUCAAGUUGCAAUUAUAUAAAAACAGAGUCUACAAUAUUGAGCUUGUCUAAUCCGUAGCAAGAAAUAAAUGUUGAAUUGGAAAGUGAGAUUUUAAACUCCAUAGAAAAUAUUGGAUAUGGUUUAUGGAUCAAAUAUCAGCCUUUCAUUUCAAUUACAGAUAUAAGUAAUGUAUAAUUAAUGAAAGAAUCAUCAGGUUAAUCAGAUAUGAGUUCAGUAUCAUAAGGGCAGUUCGUAUAUUUACUAUAGUAGAAGGAAACAAAAUUAAAUAUCUUAGCAUUUUAUAUAUCUAUUUCUGAUCAAACAUAAACCAUUACUCAUAAUGUGUUCUAUUCAUUCAAAUAAAAAACUGAUACUUUAGUAUUUAAUUUUGAGCAUGAAAAAUAUGAAGGAUAAUGGAUAUUAUUUUAUUUUUAUUUUAAUCUCGAAGCAGAAACAACCAUAAUAGGAUUUUUUUCAUUUGAAUAGAGUAUUACAACACAAACAUAGAUAAUAAAUGACAUGCCUGCUCUUGUUAAAGAAAUUAGACAUUAAAUAGGAGGAGAAUAUGAGAUAACAAAUUAGUUGGGAGAGAAAUUAUAAUUAAAUUAGUUUCUUGGAAGAUUGUCAACAGUUUUCAGUUCAGGGUCAGUAAAUAUAUAUUAAGACUUGGAAAAUUUUUUAUUAGAUUGUAAAAUUGAGACUGAGUGUCAAGGAUCUACUUAUACAUUAUCAAAUAACUAUUAAGCAUUUUUUGGAUAGAGUUAUUCAUUUGGAACUACAAAUGAAUUAGAAUAUCCAAUAUAUGUAAUAAAAGGAUGGUUAAAACUAUAACCAUUCGAUAAAUCACCUCUUGAUACUGUCAUAUUUAGAGUAACAAUAAAUCAAGAUUACUAAGAUGACUUGAAGAUUGGAGAUAAAGAUAUAUAUUUACAAUAUCAUCAGAAUAGUAUUCCAGAAUCAAAUGGAUUUACAAUAAGUACCUAUUCAUAUACUUUUCCUACUUCAAACAGAUACACAAAUACUGCUACCUAUGUUAUAAGUGAUUUUGAAGCAUAAUAUUUGGAAUUACUUAUUAAGUGGCAUUAUAUUUAAUAUGAAAUUGGAACAAAUAAUAACCAAGGUCAACCUAUUUUUAAGAUACAUUUCCCAUCUUUAAUAAAUAAGUAGAGAAUUUUUUAAUGGAACAAUUAGAUCAAACAUUUUACAGGAACAAAAAUGUAAUAUUAUGUUGGAGGCAAUAAAUAAAGUACAAACUAUCUUAGAGGACACAUUAGUGAUAUGUAAUUAAUCACUUAUUGCACAACUCCUAUUAUUACACUAUCUCCUAACUGUCAUUAUUCAUGUCUAACUUGUGAUGGUCCUAAUAGUAACAACUGUUUAUCAUGUCCAUUAAAUAGUCAAAGAAUCUAAUCUUCAACUUAAAAGAUUUGUGCUUGCAAAAAGAAAUAUUUAGAUAUUCAAAAUUAAGCAGUUUGUUAACAAAUAUCAGAAAUCUUCCCAUAUAUGACAGAAGUGGAAUCAGAAUUAUAAUGUGAUUCCCAUGGUUAUGAUGUUUGUACUGAAGAAGAAAGAGAAUGUUCAUUUGGUUAUUUCAAUCAUUUCUAUUAUGAUUAUUGCUUAUAAUGGUAUCAUAUAAAUUAAUUAUAGUCCUGGAUAUUCAUCAUUAAAUACGAGAAAUGUGAUUUUAUGUUCUAAUUGUUUAUUUUAUCCAGAAGAAUUUAAAUAUGAAUUGAAUUGUUAUCAAGAUACUAUCACAUAUAAGAAUAAUGAAGAUUAUUCAUAUUCAACAGUCAAAAAAUUGGAGAAAGAUAUAGAAUAAUAUGAUUUGAUUACUAAUGAAAAUGGAGAUUAUGAAUUAUUUCUAAUGUAAGGAUUUUUAAAUUUAUAUGAAUGUAAAAAUGGAUACUUUUAAAUAAAUGAUAAAUGUAUUUCCUGUGUUAAAGGAUGUCAAACAUGCUAAAAUGAAUCAAUUUGCGAAACUUGUUAUUCUGAUUAUGCUUUAACAUUAGAUUAAUCAUGUACGCAUUGUUAAGGAUGUUUAGAUUGUACUAUAUUAUCUGAAACAAUUAUAUGCAAUAAAUGUGCAAUUGGAACAUAUCUGUCAUCAAAUGGCUCUUGUAUUCCUUGUGGAUAGAAUUGUUCAAUAUGUGAUUCAAAUGGUAUUUGUCAAUAUUGUGUUGAUCCUUCAAUGUAUUUUUAAACAUUUGAUGGUCAUAAUUGCCAACCUUGCAGCAUUACAAAUUGUAUUUAUUGCUAUUAAUACUAUUUUAAAAAUGGGAUUGUUUAUACAACUCUUGAUAACAAUUAUGAAAUUCUUGAAUCAAAUUAAGAAUAAUUCUUUAUUGGAUGUGCUCUUUGUUAACCUAAUCUUUAUUAUAAUUAAGUAACAAUGACUUGUUCAUAAAAACCUCCUACAUCUUAAACAACUGAUGAUUGCACUUUUGGCAUCAUUAUCAAUUCUUCUGGCGAUAAUUAAUGUUUAAUUAGUAGUACUAAGAGCAAUACUUCAACAUAAAAUACCGAUUGCUUAUCUAUAUCAAACUGUUAGCAAUGUAUCAAAAAAUAUAAUAAAACCAAUAAUUUUUGUAUAGUUUGCGUAGAUGGGUUUUAUUCGUCAAUAUUAACAGGUUAAUGUUUAAAAUGUGAUUCUAAUUGUAAAACAUGCGCUUAAUAGAGUUAAACUUAUCAAGAUUAUUGGAAAUGGAAUAUAAAGGCAUAUUAUAAAUAUGUUUUUAAUUAAGAUGAUUCUCGCCCUUUUGAAUCAUAUGAUGAAGAAACAUUCCAAAAUAAUUUUGAAGUUAUUUGCACAUCCUGUCCUUUAGGGUUUAUUUUGAAUCAACUUAAGUGUAUAAAAAAUUGUGAUUUGGGAUGUAAUAAAUGCGAAAUAAUAAAUGGGAUUGCCACAUGUAUAUAAUGUUAGGAAACUCCAUAUGGAUUUUUAAAAAGUAGAGAUUCAAAUGGAAAUUGUAUGGCUUGUCCAAAUAAUUGUGAAGCAUGUUUAGAAAGGACUGACAAUGAAAUUAAAAAAAUAAAUCCUUACUUCAUUCCCAAUCUAACAAACAAAAAAUAUACAAGAAAAUGCUUUGAAAAAUUCAAUUUAGAUUCUCCUUAGGAUUAGUACUUUUAUGAUCAAUUCUUAAAAACGAUAACUGUUUGCUAAAAAUAUAAUAAAUGCUAUCAUUAAGUUAUUUUUGUUCAAAACAUUUAUUGUUCUUAAGCUCAUUUUAAUAGCAUUGCAAAUAGUUUAUCAGGAGAAACUUUAAAUGCUUUUAAGAUGAAAAAUAUUUACAUAUCUGACCUCUUUAAAAUGGGCUAUUUAUCUACUGUUGAAACCUAAGAAUUAUUUUGGUAUCUAAAUGAGAAAGUAAUAAGGAAAGUAGUUUUUGAAUAUACUCUAAUUUAAAAAUAGGGAGAGGUUUGUACCAUUCCAUCAAAGUCUAAACUCAAUUAAAAAAUUCAAUAAAAUGUUUUUGCUGUUUAAACUGUUGAUCUAAAAUUUAUUGGACAGUUUUACCCAACUAUUGUAAUAAUAAAGGAUUCAUUAACUUUAGGCAACUUUACAGCGAUUACUUUUAAAAAUAUAAAAUUCGUUUUAAAUAAUAGUUUUCAAGUGAAAGAUUUAAUUUAUUUCUAAACAAAAUCUUUAGAAAUACAAGAUUGUAUUUUAACUGCAAUUAAAAAUAUAGACAUACUUGUAGCCUUAUUUUAACUUGAUAGUUCGUCUUUGAAUAUCAUUAAUUUAAUAAUAGAAAACUUAAUAUGUGAUGGGGAUAUAUUUAAAUUGAGAUCAUCUGUUUAGUUAAAAGUUCAUAAUUUAAAUAUAAACAAUUCACAUUUUUUAGGAGGUGCAAUAUUUCGUAACAUAGGCAGCAAACUCUUCGACACUGUGAAUAUUCAUAUGAAAUCUAUAAAUAUCUCUAAUACAACAUUUGAAAGAUCAGCUUUUAUGGUAAUAGGCGAAAUGUCAACCACUUUCAAUCCCAAUGUAUUGAUUCAAGAAGUUAUGUUAAAUGCAGUUACAGUUAAAUAAAGUUAAUGGUUUAGAAUUCUAGUGGCAUCAGAGUUUAAACUUUAGGGUUUAAUUAUCUUAGAUAGUAUUAUUUAGUUAAACUCAUAACUUUAUUAUUCCAAAACCUUUGA